AUGUUUAACGCCCACAUAAAUGUUGAGGCAUGCAGUUCAGUACGCGCCAUCAAAUAUAUCUGCAAAUAUAUAAACAAGGGUAGUGAUCAAGCUAUUUUCAAUUUUAGAAAUACUGAUCUUGCGAAUCCCGUAGAUGAGGUACAAACUUAUCAGUCUGGUCGGUAUGUCAGCAGCAACGAAGCCGUGUGGCGUCUGUUAGGAUUUCCGUUGCACGAAAGGCAUCCCACCUUGAUGCAUCUCAGCGUGCAUUUAGAAAAUGGUGAACGCGUUUAUUUUAAUGAACACAAUUUCCAUGAACGAUUAACUACUCCGCCAAAAACCACUCUCACUGCUUUUUUUGAUCUUUGUAUCAGAGAUGAGUUUGCAAAAACUCUUCUUUAUGUCGAGGUGCCGAGGUAUUAUACUUGGGAUGCAAGUAGGAAAACUUGGAAACGCCGCAUUCAAGGUACUUCUGUUCAGGAUUGGCCUGGCGUCAAAUCUGGAGAUGCUUUAGGACGAGUUUAUACAGUUCAUAUUAGUAACAUGGAAUGUUUUUGUCUACGCAUGCUUUUACACCAUGUGCGCGGACCUACCUCUUUCAAUGAUCUAAAAAAAUAUAACACACAAGAUUAUUCUACAUUUCGAGAGGCAUGUGAGGCAAGAGGAUUACUGGAGAAUAAUAACCAUUGGGAUGUGACACUGGAAGAAGCUGCUCAAUGUAGAUCAGCAGGCAAGAUGAGAGAGCUAUUUGCUGUAUUAGUAGCGACAUGUGGUCUUUCAAAUCCUCAACAAUUGUGGGAUAAAUACAAAAAUGAUAUGACGGACGAUAUAUUGCACAGAUUACAAGAGCAAAAUCCCAAUGUCACGUACAGUGAUUUAAUUUACAAUGAGGGUCUGACAAAAAUUGAAGACCAGGUUAAAACAAUUUCUGGAAAGGAUUUAUCAGAUUAUGGAAUGAACAGACCACAGAGAACCGAGGAAAUCAGUAGCGAUUUAAUACGGGAACUAGAUUACGAUACUGCUUCCUUACAACAACAAUUAACAGAGUCUGUUCCACGUUUGAACCCAGAACAAAGGUUAGUAUUUGACAAUGUUGUCAAAAAAAUCGAAGAUGGCGAAGGUGGUUUGUUAUUUUUGGAUGCUCCUUGA